AUUGUUUUUUAAUUCCUCUUUUUAAUCCUGAUGUGUUCGCAGGUGUUUAAUGACGUGACGUGCACGAGCGAGCGUGACGGCCCAAAUGCGUUUUACGCAAGAAGUAUGACGUCACUGCCCUGUAUCUUUACAUCAGUGUGUUUGUUACAUUCUAGGACAAAUCUUUUUUAGCCCACUUGUUAAAAGUACACACCUGACCACAUCAGUAGGUACACCAUAUAAUUCUAAGUAUUAUUCUAAGUAUUAACAAUAUAUAUUUUUUAGUCUUGACUACUUUAAUGAGGGAGUUCAAAUACAGUAUUUUGAUAUUGUACUGUAGCAAAUAUAUUGGUUGAUGAACAACUCUCUGACGGUGUGAAUCAGAAGUCGGCCUCACUACUAGGUAAGUUCUAUUAGGUAACCGAAUUAUUUUUAAAAAGCAUGUUGAGGGGUGUCACAUGUCACAAAAAAGGUCUUUAUGUUUUGGCACACAUCUGGAUAUAUGUGCUGAAAUAAUUAAAUAUUUCGUAACCCACCACAGCCAGUAGGUGAAAUUGUCGGCACCCACUUAGUAAUGCGCAUUGCUGCCACCUAUAGGACUCGAGUGGUACUGCAUGUCAUGGAUUAGACUGGCCUUGUUGGAGGUCUAUGCCACAGUCAUCUCUGCCAAAAGAGAAUCUCCUUGAUUUGACACUUUCUCAUAUGAAAUGAUUAUGUUGUCUUCAGCAGUCACUUCAUGUACAGCAGAGCUGGUCUAUGUUGUAUUUUGUCUCUGCAGGUUGUUGGAAAAGACGUCAGUGGAUGUUUGAAUCAUCAAACUUCCUCUCAUCAUCCAGUGGAGGCCAACGGGGGGCGAAGCAUAGGAGGUGUUGUUAUUGCAAUUUGAUGGAUGAGCACAGGAAGUGAGGUUCGAUUGUGUCGUCAGAUUCAUCACAUCCAAAUGCGUCCCAGGUGGAGCACCAUGUUGCAGCACAACAACAACAACAACUACCCCUGCCUCAGCAGUUCCCCCUGCGAGGCCCCUCUCAAGUGCUCCUCCACCUCCCUGCCCCUCCCCAGCAGGCUGGAGCUGGGCCUGGGUGACCUGCCACUCAUUCGGGGGCUGAGAGCCUGGGCACUGUGUUCCAAGAAUCGCCAAAAGGGCGGCGCUCCAGUAGGGGGUGGACGAGCACCGGCGACACCACCUGCCAGCCUGAGGACUUCCUGUUCAAGGCCGGCGGACGUGCACCUGAACAGGGGGUGGGGCCGCACGGGUUACGGCCUCCCCCUGGACGCCAGACAGGCGGGGAUCGGCGCUCUGGUGACAGUGGCCACCCUGAAGACGUCUGAAGGCAACGGGAAGACGCAGACUCAGUGUCUCUUUGUCCGCAAUGACAAAGGAAGUUGUUUGUACUCCACAGCCAAGCCCUCCUCCGGUGGGACGACUGGGGCGGGGGGCUGGCUGAGAGGGAAGUCGGGGGCAGCGAGGAGGGACGACGCUUCCACUCUUCAAACGGAGACGUCAAGUGCAGUCAGAGGUCGAGUGCGGUCAGGCCGGAGAUGGAGGAAGUCUGGUCACUCCGCUGGCCGAGAGAAGGGAGGCAACGGGGAGGAGCCUGAGGAGGAAGCUGCAAAGAAACAGGAAGUGGGCCUGGAGCGCCUUCCCGGCCCCCAGCAACAUGACGGGGAAGGCUGUCAGGACAGUGAAGGACUGCCAGGGAGUCCUGGAUUCUGUCAACAUGAUUCCAGCACUCAGCUGGAAGAGGACAGGCUGAGAGGAGGCAUUCCGACAAGGCUGAGCCAGGAGAAGACGCCCAUGAAGAAGCAGCGGGAAGAGAAGGAGGAGGACUCGUUGUGUAGGAGUGACACUUUGGAGGGGCCCAACCCUGACCUGGAAUCUAUUCACUCUCACACGGAAUGGGGAGGCAGCAAGGACUCAAACAUGAAAGGGGAAAACCAGGACGUCAUCCUUCCAGCAGGAGGAGAAGGGGAAGGGAGUGAAGUCACAUGCCAACACACCGAGCCCUCCCAUCCUGCAGGGGACAGCACCAGCAAAGCUAAAAGUGAAGUUUCCCAGGUCGAGAGGGUGCAAGGGAACGUCGAGCUGGAGCGUACUGUGAAUUUGACCACAACACAAGGACAUUUGGACAACAACGGCCAUCUUGAGAGGGAACUUUCACCUUUGGUAAAACAGAGAGGUGAUGAUGACGUUGCGGAAGCUGAUUGGAUACUUAAGGAGAGAAAAGAGGGCGGAGCCUCUCCUGUUGCUCCGCGCCUGCAUAAUCCUGCCCCCUCCAUACACCCCACGGGCACCAUAGCAACUACUCUGCCCCGCGUGGACGCAGAAGAAGAAGUCAGGGGCCCAGACGGGAGAAAGCUGGAGCGCCGGGAGGAGAAGCACAGCGAGGAUGAGGAGGAGGAAGAUGACUUUGGAGUUUUCAUGCAGGCAGAGGGAGGAGCACUGUGGAGCGAGGGCGUCGGCAUGUCUGCCCCGGUGCCUUGUGGGAGCUCAGUUGCAUUGGAGGAGUCAUGUGACUGGAAGACCACCUGGACAGGAAGCCCGAGCCAGCAGUCAGGUGACGCCUGGACUGCCUUUCCUCAGGUUGAGGGUCGGGACGUGGCGGGACAGUGGUGGCCUGAGGAAGAGAGGAGAAACCACGACAAUCUGGCGGGUCUCUUUACGUCAGCAUUCCCCUCACUGCCCGACCUACCGUCCUGUGACCCCGGUGACCCUGAGGUUAUUCCCACAUUGACGCAGCUCCUGGGAGGAAGCAGCGGUCAGGAGCAGCGGCUUCUGGAUGGCUUCCAUGAUCUCAGCAAAAUGAUCGUCCACAGAUACAAACGAGGAAGUGGCGGCGUGUCACGUGACCUGUUGUUGCGGUCCUUACACGUGGAGCAGCCCAGCACAGACGGCAGACCAGUCCCCUGGUGGACCAAUCGCCGCCCCUCACCCGGCCUCCACUCAGCCAAUCAGCACGCCCACAAAGCGGUUGCCAAGCGACGGCUGUCGUGUGACUACAAUAGAAGCAUCACUGACUGACCUCCUUGACACACCUUGACACUUCUUUCAGGAAGUUGACGCUCACUUCAACUUGCUUUAGUUUGGGAUUUGAUUUGGCAUCUUUUUUUUUAAAGCUGUCGGGACAUUUAAUAAUAAGAGAUGACCUGCACUAUUUUAUUUGACACUGGAAGAACAAUAACGUUUUUUUGAGGGACGUGUAGCAUGUCAAAUCACAGCUGCACUGUUGCUGCUGUACAGCAGAUGGCGCUGAAGUGCAGCGUGCCACAUGAUCCGAGUCACACGCCGAUGACAGCCUCUUUUAAGUGUUUUUCUUCUUCUUCUUCUUCUUCUUCCAGUCAGUGCCAACAUGAAAGGCCUCAGAGGUCGCUGAUGUUUACAAGGUCAGCCAAGCAGGAAGUGGCCUCCUCCACUCUAUUUUCAAAUGCAAAUGUUGACGGCCCGGAUUCUCUGCGCGGCUCCACUCCCUCUUUGUUGUCAUCUCCGAGCUGUCAAUCAAAUAGCGUCGCAAUGGCAACAGCUGGUUGAUCACUCCCAUGUUUCACUGCUUUGUGUUUGUACGUUUUUGUCACGUGUGCUGACCAGAAAGGAAUUAGGAGAUAAAUGAAUGGAUAAAUCAAUCAAUAAAUACAUUGACA